AAGAUAAAAACAUACAACAGCCGGUGUUCGCCAGUGGUCACCCACCUGACUACUAAUCUGCCGGUUAGUGGCUUGUCUAUGGGGGAGCAGACGGGACCCCGAAUUCUCCACUACCUAUGGUCGUAUGUGAUGGACGUAUCUGCAUAUUCAAUAUAUAAAAGGGAGCUCGUCGUUUGA